AUGCAUCUCUUCACGCGUCGCAAGGGCGCGCCCGCGCCGCGCAAACCGUCGCCGCAGCUGGUCAAGCGCCGCGUCACCAUCCAGCUGGCCCUGGUGGACCGCCCGCUCAUGACCGAGACCGAGUUCCUGGUCGCGCCGCGCUACCGCUCGCUGCGCCUGCUGGGCGCGGGGAGCUACGGCAUCGUCGUGUCCGCGCUGGACGCCUCCCCAUCGCGCGCGCCCCCGCCGCGCCGCGUCGCCAUCAAGAAGAUCCUGGCAGCCUUCGCCAACGCGCACAUGGCCCGCCACGUCCUGCGCGAGCUGCGCCUGCUGCGCCACCUGCACCACCCGCACGUCGUCCAGCUGCUCGACAUCGACCGCCCGCCGGCCUUCGCCGCCUGGCAGGACGUCUACCUCGUCACCCCGCUCCUCACCACCGACUUGCGCGACGCCCUCCUGCAGGGCCGCCUGGAGCACCCGCCCACCCAGAAGAAGGUCGCCUAUCAGAUGCUCCUCGCCCUCGAGCACCUCCACUCGCAAGGCAUCAUGCACCGCGACAUCAAGAGCCGCAACCUCCUCUUGGACGACCACUACAACCUCAAGCUGUGCGACCUCGGCGAAAGCAGGUUCUACUCCAAGGCCAACCGCGACGACGACAUCGCCCCCCCCGUGCGCGAGCCGGAGCUCACCGGCGGCGUCAGCACCGUCAUACAGAGCGCACCGGAGCUCUCGCUCGGCGCCCCGUACGACGCAGAGGUCGACAUCUGGGCCGCCGGCUGCGUCAUCGCCGAGAUCGUCCGCCCCGGCCACGCAUACCUCUUCGAUUCCACGGGAAAGCAGUCCCAUGUACAGGAGAUCAUCGACAUGGUCGGCUACCCGUCUGACGACAUCCUGGCCAUCCUCCCGGACUAUGGGCAGUGGUAUCUCAAGCGCCAGCGCCGCCGGAAGGGCGCCAAGAACCGCAUCGCCGACGCCAUGCGCGAGGGAGUCGACCCGCUGGUCGUCGACUUGCUAGAGAACAUGAUCCGCUUCUCGCCCAAGGACCGCAUCUCCGCCCGCGCAGCCCUCGACCACCCCUGGUUUGACGACGUGCGUAAGCCGCAGCCCACCGUCGCCAAACCGUACGACUUCGCCCGGUCAGAACCCCCGAGUAAGACGUCCAAGGCACAGCUGAAGAAGCUCAUCUGGGAGGAGGUCGUCGCGUUUCAUCCGGAGGCUGCGGACGGUUAG